AGAUUCUCCACACCUUAAUGCAUCUGCAAGGCUUCACUGAGCACUAUGCUGGCACGUGUUACGCAGGAAUGGAUGCUUUCUUUAGUUUUGGCCCCUCUUUCUAGUAUUUGUCUUGCUAAACAACCAAAAUAUUUGGCCGAGGCGUCUCUUUGAGUGGACAAAUGUUUGUGUAUGGGUGGAGUUAGACACGCUGUCUGAUUAUUGGUCGACAGAUAAUGGUUACGGGCUGCACAGUGGCCUAGUGGUUAGCAUGUUGGCCACACAGUCAGGAGAUCGGGAAGAUCUGGGUCUGGGAGCUUGCAUGUUCUCCCCGCGCGUGCGUGCGUGCGUGCGUGCGUGCGUGCGUGCGUUUUCUCCCACAUUACAAGAAACCUCAUGCAUGUUAGGUUAAUUGUCCAUGAGUGUGAGAGUGAAUGGAUGUUUGUCUCUAUGUGCCCUGCGAUUGGCUGGCGACCAGUCCAAGGGUGUACCCCACCUCUUGCUGGGAUAGGCUCCAGCAUACCCGCGAGCCCGGUGAGGAUGAGCGGCAUAGAAGAUGGAUGGAUGGAUAAUUGUUACUUUCAUCUACUCACUUUUGCACCAAGGCCAUGCUUUUAUUUGUGUAACCAUGCUUUUAUUUGUGUAAGCUAACUCUUCUAGUCCUGAACCGCUGCCAUAACAUGCCCGCCUGCUGCGUUGCCUGUGCUGUUACUUGUCCGACAAGUACACCACACGUUGGCGCUGUUAACAUACAGCCAAAGUUGAACCCUCUUAAGUUGGAUUGACUUGAAGUUUCUCACCCAGAUCAAUGCCCUCUCCAAAAACUAAUUUUGGUACACACCUUUACCAAGCACAGGUAAAGGGGCUGGGCUUUGAGUCUGACACCUGUGGUCUAAAAAAAGAUAGCAGUCAGAACUAAAUAUAGCGCAAUAAAAUCAGCAGUACGACUAAAAUAUCCCUGCAAAUAGAAGCAAAGGGAGCACACCUGUUCACACACGUCCUUUUCAUCUCUCCGGCCUGUCUAUUUCCAGACUGCCCCCCACCCCAACCUGCACACACACAUACCUGUCACAGGAGAACACGCCAUGGCUACAAGCGAAGCUGACCCAGUUUCCAUGGUGACAAAAUAAGGGUCGGUUGCCGGGCGCCGAUCCCCCCGGACAUACCCAUGUUUCACUAACGCUAACACAAAGCAGGUAAAGGAGAGAUUGAAGUAGGAGACGUGAGUCAGUGACGGGAGGAGUCAACACUCGGCUAUUUAUUUUGGAAACGUCGCUACUUUACCUUCAUCAGCAGAUUCAGCCACCAUCGAUACAGGCAGCAACUCCUCCCUCAAAGUAUUGUCAGGUCACAUCUGGGGUAACGAAAGAACACAUGAUGCUGCUUUUACUGCGAUGCCAUUGGACGGACGGAUAAAAGCCAUUUAAUGAGAAUAAUCACAAUGAUGCCAAAUGUAUUAAUAGUGUAUACUUACACUGUACAUACAAUAUUAUGAAGAAUAACAAUGGAAGUUGUAGAAUUAUAAUAGCAUAUACAAGCAGUGAUUACACCAAAUCAUGAAAACAGAAAAAUACAAAAUAAAUAUCCAGUAUAAACACAUAGAAAUAUAAGUGUUAUUAAAAAUACUUACGGUGUGGACACGUUUAACAAAUCACGUUUAGGCUUGCACAAUUCAACAUGUAGAAAGGAAAGGAGGAGGAAGAAGCAGAGCCGUGUCCAUUACUGACACUCGCAGUCAUUCACAAGUUUAUACUUUGUCUUUAAAUAAUGUGUUCACUUCCUGACUGUGUGUUCGUGUCACCAUUUUCUAACAGAGAGAGAAUAAUAGAGAACGUGCAGCAAUAGAUUGAUAGCUUAUGUAUUAGCGCUAUCUUGCAGUUGCACGCACCUUCUAAUUACAUAGUUGCAUUUGCGUGCGUAAAUAACUUGUCAUAAAUCAGCACAAUUUUCACCCCCCUCACAUUUUUUAGCUUUUUAACUUCACCCAAACCCCUGCGUGCUGCCCCUCUGAGCUGUGAAAUGUCCUGUGAUCGUGCGUUUCUAUUCCUGUAGGUAGAAAUAUAUCAGAGUAGACAGAAGGUGAUGUAUGCUAUAAAGAUCCUGAAAUAACUGCAGGGCUAAAUUUGGGCACAGGUCGCUCAGGGGCACAAUGCAAUAGCAGUAGCAAGUAUGAACGAGAGUCUGGCUGUUUUUUUGCGAGGAUGGAGGAGAAUUUACGGCCACAAAGAUAACAGAUGGCGGCCCAUGUGCUGUAUGUGUGAGCGGGACAGAGAAUGAACAGGGAUUUUCACUUCAAAGUGGGCAGGAGCACGGCAGAUUAAAGCCCACCAGGUAUCAAAGAGCUUCAGGUGGUCGGGGGCACACAGGUGGGCCCCCAGCCCGCCGUACGUACGCAUAUGUGUGGCGGAGAAGGGCCAAACAGAAUACUGUACAUACACAAUGCAAGGAUGUGCUGAUGAGAAUAGAAGCCACUUCAAACUAUUGACAUUUACUUUGUGCCUCACCUGCAAAGUGAAGUGUGCUAAAGUAGCGUCAGACAGAGAGGGUGAAUGAGGAGCACAAGUACUCACUACCAAGUGUUCCCGGACGUGGGCCACAGGGUCAAAGCUCUCAGCAUCCACUCCCACCCACUCGCCACUCCACAGCUCACAAUCCCACGGUGCAAUUAACGUCAUGAACCCCCCCAGUCUUCUUUUUCCUCCUCGUUUGUCCUGCAAAACUUCUUGAGAAUAUGUCAAACAUGCUGAAGAUAGUCUGCUGUCAUGGCAACACGGCCAGCCAAUCAGCAGGCUGCUUUAAUAAGGGCUAGUCUGUUUUUUUUGUUUUUUUUUUACUUUUUAGCAUUUGAAGGACACACAGCAGGAGUGCACACACCACUGCAAAAUAUUUACAGUCGGGUUUGUUUUGAUGUACACUGACACCUAUAGCUACAACGCUGCAACUGCACCCACCAUGAGUGAACGCCAUACGGUAAGAAUUAGCUUCUAAACAAUACGACUAUUAAUCAUAUUGAUAGCGAGUCAAGCAUUUAAGUCAUUAAGUGGAAUUAAUUGCUUUGCACAUAAUUAGUGGUUUAGCUAAGCAAUGGAAUGAUUAAGAAACAAAUCAGCACCAGGGUCAGUGCCCACGAAUGCUGCCUGCAAUGAGUGACGCCACCACUAGAGGGAGCCAUCCUCUCAUGUUCAUUACCACUCUUUCCAGCUCAAUGAACACUAUCCAAUUUAUUUCAAACAUCUUUAUUUCAUUUUAUUUGGCAAUUAGGUGCACAUUGACAACUUGCAUAGUUUAACCCGAAAGUCUUUCCUAAUCUCUAGCGCAAUGAUUCUCAAACUUUUUACACUUUAAAGUACCAUUUCGCUGCCAAAUUCGUUGGUUUGCCAUCACAGGAAAUCCUGUCGGUGAGUCUUUGAUUACUAAAUGUGUAUUUGUGCGUUUUUUAAUACAUAUAAUUGUGUUUUUAUUUUUCUAAAAUGCUGUUGUGAUUACCACAACAUGUGCCACCAGUUUGAGAAGGAGCGCUCUAGAAUGUGAACACAAGAGUAAUACUGUUUGUAAUCUUCAUACUUUUAAUUUGGAGUGUGGCUGUUAUCUUAUUGCUUACUUUUAAAAAGGCCACACAUGAUUGUCUUUGGCUUAAAAGUGUGUAAGCUACAUUUAGCAUCAUAAAGCCAUCAUAUGAUAACACUGUUUUGGACACUUACAAAUACAAAAAAGGAGGAUUUUAAAUGUUACGCCGAGGUAGCGAAUGCAUUUGUAUUGAUCAGCAUGUAACACUUGUCCAGCUGCACUGUUGGUGUUGGAAUAUUUGGGAUUGAAAAAAAAAACUAAAAAACUACAACUAGUCAGAGAGAAGGUCGGCUACUUUGGAAAUGGGCUGCUUGUCCAUGCCGGCUUGGGCCGUGAGCUCUGUUACGCUCUUCUCAAGGCUGAUGAUACGUGUCCCCAUCUCAUCUAGUGUGACAGUCAAAGAAUGAGGAGAUAAUAAGGGCGGGUGGAUGGAUACAAAUGUUGAUAGCUUGGAUACCAAGAGCAGUAUCGGUAUUGUAUCAAUAUCCGUGUCAUCACACUGAUAGUUGUGUUGUUCAUAUUGUUAGUGUUCAUACUGCUAUACUAUAUUCAUACUGUUAUACUUAUAAACAUCAUCGUCAUUCCCUCGCCACGUUGCGGUUCAAAUUUUGCAGCUUCGCUCUUAUCGCGAUUUUUCAAACAUAUUAAUUAAUAAAUCAUGCCGGUUUGUGCUUGAAUAGGGCCUAUUAUUAGUAAAAAAAAUAUGCAUAGUUAAGCAAAUUGUACAUAUUUAUUGCCUAAAUGAAGCAUUUUCAAACAUAUUAAAGUGGCUAAAUGAAGUGAAUACAAGCCAGUACAAAACUCAACUCCGAAACCCUGACGUCACUUCCUGUCCGCCGUUCCUUCCUUUCUGCUCCCCUUCUAGCACCGGAACACAUUUAUUGCAACACACAUGAGCAAGUUUUUAUUUAUGUCUUAAAUGACGUAUUUUCUCUGAUUGUGUCUUAUUAUAUCGGGUAAUACAAACGUAAAAGUGACAAUAGGGGUGUUAUUUAAUGUGUAGAGGGCUCUAACAAAUGUUAAAAAAACAUAUUUAGAAAGUCCUAAAAAUGUUUUCUAUGCCAUAGCUAUAAAAAUAUUCCAUUUGUAAAAAGGGGAUCCUACUUCACAGAAAUUCACUUAUCCCAGUGGGGUCUGGAACCAGUUAACCGCGAUAACCAAGGUUUCACUGUGUUGUUACAUUGGUUGCACUUCUGGACACGAGAGCAAAAGUGCAAUCUUUAUACAUUCUCAAAUAGUUUAAGAAUAAGUUUGUGUUGUAUUCUGAAUCAAAAAACUAAAAGGCAGAAGAAGAAGAGGUAGCAGGAGGGAUCAGCAUUGCCGACUUAGCGACUUUAUCGCUAUAUUUAAAGAAUAUUCUGACCUCGACUGGUGACAAAUAUAGCCAUUUUUUGCUAUUAUUGGACACUUUUGGAACACGAAAACUCAAAAAGUACUGUUUUCAGCGAACAGCUGGUGCUGCUGUGUAGCUCAUUUGUAUUUCUAAACAUUAGUUUUGCGCUUCAUGUUUGUUGCUGUGGCGGAGCUACGCGGUGGUCACUCUCCGGCCACCCAACUGGCCAUCAAGACAUUUCAGGUAUCAACUUAUUGCCACCCCUAUGUGAGUAAUGGUCUCACCUUGGCCACCCAAAUGAACAAUUUUUUUUUGCUCACUGUUUCGUCUCCAACAGCGUUCAUCAAAAUUACAUGCACGUGCAUCAUAGUCAUCCACACACAACCCCGCCCGCAACCUGUUGGCACAAAUAUACUGCAGUCCUGUGGGAAACACUGAAUUUUUUUUUUUCAAAUAGUAAAAUGUAGCAAUAUUGGUAUCGGCAAUAAUGGACACUAACAUUUAGAGUAUCGUCCACCCCAACAACUAAAUAGUAACGAAAAGGUAAACAAUCAUUACCGACACUUCCAUCAAAACGUUUGAUAGCACCACCUACUGGAGAAACAACAAACCGCAUUAACAGUAAACGUCGCAGGGUUAUAAAAGGAUAUUUUGUCCUUCCAGUUGUUCUGACAUAGCCUGGAAUCUUUCGUGUAGUCGUUGCAUUGUUUCAUCCAUCUGUGAUGUGUGACACAAAAAAACAAUCAACCAGUGCACAGCUUGUCCUGCUACACAAAUCACAACAUUGGUACUCACCGUCCGUGUCAUCUGUUUGGCUGCUUUGCACUCGCUUUUUGACAUCUUUUCGCUAGCCACUCUUGAUGGAGUAAACGUUCCCCAAAAGACAAGGAAUGCAGAUGUGGUUAGUUUAAUUACUCUAUUACAAGCGUUAGCUUUAAGCAGCAGCCGGACUCAGCAACUUUGCCACAAGUUUGGCUAGCAUGCGUAAAAUAGGGCUACUUCCGCAUGUUAAUUUCAAAAUAAAGGUUGGCGUGUGAGUCCUUAUGUGUUGUAAAUAUGUAAAUGUUUAAUGUUCGACUGCCAUUCAAAGAUGAACAUGAUAUAGUGAAAUAUGUAACGCAAUUAAUGAAUUCCUAAGAGUCCCAAACAUGUGUCUUAUCAGUGGCAUGCUUUUAUCGUGAAAGUAAGUAUAAUUUCUUUCCGGUGGGACGCAAACAAAAGUUUUGAGACCUAUGAACAUCCGGCAUGAUUCCAUGCUUGUUUCCAAGGAGAGAAGAUCAUUUAUUUGAUUUUACAAACUGAUUUAUCACCGUGACAUUAAUAACAUCUCCCACAUAUAUAAAUAUACGUUAAAAAAAAUACCCACACCUUGUCACUUUGGUUUGCAUCGUUACAUAAAAGAUUAGGUGGUGACAGUCGAAAGAUGGCAGGCAGUCACCCAUAGCUGUUACAUAACUCUUAAUUCAUCUUUAGCGUUUGGGGUUUAUAAUCUGGAAACGUUCAUAUCCGCUUAGUAUGAUGCUUACUAUUCUUAGGAACGUCCGUGAACUCACCACAACGGCGAACACACGGCGAAAUUAGCUGUGCAACAAAAUGCUAAAUGUCAAACGUCUUUCAUUCAAACAAAACUGACUAACUAUACGAAAGCAACUGUAAGUAACUUAACACGCCAUUUGGGUUAUUCGCAUCUAUAUGAAAUUCCACUCCUUUCUCAUUCGCCCGUGUGGCGAAGCAGCGGUGAAUCAUCUUCAUAGAAUCAAACAUCUUUGCACGCGAAAGAGACGUGUGACGUUUCAGGAAGUGUCGGUCCCUAUCGCCAGUACACAAAUGGUCUCCCGGUGGCGGUAGGGUUGGAAAAGCGGUUGCUAACAUUGUUUGUUCAAUUACCUGUUAAUGUAAAGGCAGGGCAUUUAACCAUAAAAUCAGACAUAUUGGACGAUUUUGUGAAGUUUAGUCUAUGCAAAACUUAGCUUUGUCGUUAACAGGACAACAAAAACAGAACAGUGGACUUAAUGAGGCAGCUCUUAGCUAUAUCUUUAUAAACACUACAAAUGCAAGCGUCAAGAGUACAACUACUUCGUCCAUGUUCUGAUAUUUUUUUAAAGUAACAAACGACCAGUAUUGGCUGUUGUCCAGUGCUAGCUUAGUGAUGGCGUGGCGUUCAGGCUAGCGGCUGUUUUGUUUGUGUGGUGCAAGGAUUAUGCAGACAAAACACGGAUGCCACUCCAAUAAUCUUAAAGCACCAGAGGCGUUUUACAAAUCUUAUCAGACAUCUUGCAAAACUCCCCCAAGAGCCAGUAGGAAGCGUUCGGCCACGGCGUUCACGAAGCGUUCGCCAUGGAAAAUGAAGUGUUUGAGCAAAUAGUGAGCGCUGUUAACAAGCUGGUGUCAUGGGUGGCGGCCGGGGCCAUGGUGUUCGGUGGGGUGGUUCCCUACAUCCCCCAGUACCGGGACAUCCGUCGUACACAGAACGCCGAGGGCUUCUCCACCUACGUGUGCUUGGUCCUCCUGGUGGCUAACAUCCUGCGAAUCCUCUUCAGGUUUGGCCGCUACUUUGAGACGCUGCUGUUGUGGCAAAGCAUCAUCAUGAUCGCCACCAUGCUGAUUAUGCUCAACCUGUGCACCAGCGUCCGCAUGGCCACGGAACUCAACACCAAAAGACGCUCCUUCCUAGCGACAGACAUUAAGGAGGAGGAGGUCAGAAUCCCUAAGAGGCUCUUUCUGGACUUUGACUGGAGUUACUUCUGGUCGUGGAGCCGCUUCUUGGACUACGUGCAGUGCGUGGUGGCCUUCACGCUGGUGGCGGCCUACGUCACCUACGUGCUCCUGGACUCGGCUGUCUUCGUGGAGUCGCUGGGCUUCCUGGCUGUGUUCACGGAGGCCAUGCUUGGCACGCCGCAGCUCUACUGCAACUACCAGAACAAGUCGACAGAAGGCAUGAGCAUCAAGAUGGUGCUCAUGUGGACGAGCGGCGACACCUUUAAGACGGUCUACUUCCUGCUCACCCAGGCCCCCGUGCAGUUCUGGACUUGCGGCCUGCUCCAGGUAAUUGUGGACUUCGCCAUCCUCUUCCAAGUUUACUACUAUAGCCGAUACCCACAAAAACCGGCGUCGCACACCGUCUCCCACACCACUAGUGCCAAAGCCCUCUAAGAUCGCUUCAAGAGACGACCGUGAAGAUGAUACAGGGUGGGUGUCGGCACCAGUACCUCACAAACUGGUUACAAACAAACCCAAGGCGGGUUUGGUUAUUAAAAAGCAUUCUCACUCAGUACGACAGCAGGCGAUUACGGAGGACUUUCCAGAAGAUUUUGGAGUGUUUUCAUGGGGCAUUUACGUCCACUCACCCUCCCUUUUAGAGAUCCAUGUCAGGGUUCUGAUGUUUAACUGAAAAAAUGCCUUUAUAGACUCUUGUGGGCAAAGAAAAAGAACUUCCCCAACUGUUCCCGCAGAACUGGAAGCAAAAACAUUGCUAAGGUGAAGACUUAACCUGCAUGCAGAGAAUCAGUCUUGCACAAACUCUAUGGACCACCUAUGUGGACUGACUGUUGCAUGGCUCCCUGCUUCCGCCUUACAAGACACGGUCAGACAUGACUCGCUACACAUGUGGGCGCCCAACUCAAUUUGUAUGCAUUAUAGAAUGUAACACAUGGCAUUUGGUGGGGUUUUUACACAACUACUGAGAGCAAUCGAAGGAGCCAAGUGUGUCAAAAGCUUGCAGGCUUUCUGACCGCUUUGUCCACUUGUUUUAACGACUUUGCCCAAAAAAGGAACACUUGAAGAACUCUUUCCACUGAGAGCAAUGGCCAAAGAUGACUUGUGUACGGUGCCCUGCACUACAGCUCAUAUCUCCAUAGCCAUCAUGCCUCCUCAUGACCCUCAUCACGUUGCCAAUAUAAGAACACCCCGUCGCCGCCUCCUCCUGCGUCCACAUCAUUUCAUUUUCUUGCAUGAAAAUUCAUUUCCUGUUCAGUGGAGGUGAAUAGUCCCUCUUUUUAUCAGACCUUCCUCACCUGAAAGCCUGAUCCUCCCUGCAAGCCAUAAUAAUAAAUAUAUAUACACCUGCAUCCACCCACUGCUAUUAACUAUUAAUCAUAACUCUGCAGUGAAAUGCACUGUUUCUGCUCCUCAGGAGCCAUAUGAAUAUUUAUUUAGUGAAAUGCCAGUGUAGGAUUGCCCGUUCUGUUAUGCAGACAGCACGGGCAGACAGGCUGGAAUAACCUGGCAGGCUCUCAGCAGAUUUAAAAUGAAGUUUGUUUCCUCUCCUUCCACACUUUCCCAUAGAGACAGGCCAACUUUUACAAUGCAUCAUUGUUGAGUUCCCUCCUAUGCCAAAACUGUCCUUUUCCUAUCAUUUUUUUUUAUAGUUUUCUUUUUAUGUAACAUCUAUUUUCAAUGUCGUAUUGUGGCUUUUUAGCAUCCAAAAUGGAAAAUGGACCAAAUAAAAAGGACAUGGAAAGACUCUCCCAUUGAGUUUUGUCUAAUUAAAUCUGUUUGCAUGAGCACAGUGCUUCUCAAAUAGUGGAGCGGGAACCCGUUGUGGGGGUUGGCAGGUCUAAUAAUGUCUUUAGUCAUGCGUGAAUGCCAGUGACAGCAACUCAUAGGGUGGUUUGUACAGAUAAACAAAUACUACAAAAUAAAGGAAAAUCAGGGUCAUUUGUGUUAUUUUACAUUUACACUAUAAAAACCUCUUUUGUGUUUACAUUUUUGAGAGUCAACCGUUGAUGACGUAGACGGGCGACUUGGCUGACUUCCGGCUUAGUUGCCAUUUUGUUAGCAAGCUAUGCUAACAAGGACAUUUGUGAUAAAAAUACAAUGAGAUCACAGUUGGACUUACGCAGUGUAUUAAUAACACAACGAGACACGCGGCAUACUGUACGCUAACCGGCAAAUGUAUGCAAACCGAAGCAAAAUUUUGGCGUACAUUUUUUACACUAACUGAGGUUCCACUGUGUAUGACAACAAUUGUAGAGACAAAUGAUGAAAAAUUCCCAUACACUUUAAAUGAGCCUGCGACCUGUUGCUAAACUCUGACUCGGCAUGACAGCUAGCAUGUUAGCAACCUGCGUGGUUACAUGUUACAUGUAAAUAACAUGGGAACAUCUCUUGCUUCAGUAGACGUUUGUUAAAGUGCUAAAUGUCAAAGUCCUGUGCAAAAUGCUAAAGCAAGCACCUAGCAAGAGAUGUGGUACAGUUACUGUUAAACUGUACAGUCAAGUUAAUUGGUUCCAGACCCGACCGCGAUACAGGAUUCGAUGUUAAUAAAUGGAAUGUUUUUGUAGUUAGAGCAUAGAAAACCUGUUUAUGACUUUCAAAAUAUGUUUUUUAACAUUAUUAGAGCCAUGUAAACAUAAAAUGAAACCCCUUUAGUCACCUCUACACUCCUGUCAUUCAUUGUUUACAACAAAUUGCACAGCUCUUAUGCUGCAGGGACUCGAGACGGCUGCCGGUUAGCAAUCUAACAAGCUAGCGAGCUAACCAGUUAGCCUCGAAUGCGUUUCGUCUAAACUUAAGAAGCCCAAAACUUACUACUUACACACGGAAUGGGAGAACUUUUUCCCCCUCUAUUACGUGGGACAUGCCAUGGCUGACUUCAUGCAGUGUUAAGGUGAUGCCAUGUAAGGUAAUGUCUCAAUCUUGUGUCAUUACUGCCGCCUAGUAACAUAGUAACAUAUCACUUGUAUUUCAGUAUAUUUUGUCCAUAGUCUAAAAAAAAUUAUCAUUUAUGAAUUAGUUUCUGAAAAUGUUCAUUUUGGAAGAAUCCCAAUGAAAUGUAAAUGCUAACAAUGCUAGUAGCUAGCAUGCUAGCGUCGUAUGCAUCGAUCAGCGUACUUUUUUUUUUUUUAGGCAUGUAUUAUUUCAUUCUUCAUUCAUGCUGGGGUUUUUUGUACGCUGGGUUUUUUCACAUACGCUGUCCCGUAUGUGUGUUGAGGUGAAUGCUGUCCAAGUUAUUCAGCUUCUGGUGGCGUUUUGAGGUGGCGUCGUCACUGUUUAUCAAACGUGCUGUGCGUUGAGCCAACACGACUCCUGGAAGCAGUCCAUUUAUAAUUAACGAGGAACACGGACAAAACAAUUUAGGAUGUUCAGAAGAACAGGCACGGCAUGCAGAUUUCAGCGUCUCGCUGCAUGUAAUGAAUUGUUAAACCGACCCCUUUGAGCUCAGGAGUUCAUUAGAAUCUGUGUUGCAUUUUUCAAAGGAGGUUCUUCAAAGCAAAACAUUCAUGCCAGGUUGUCUCAUUCCACCAUCCAUUUUAAAAAUGUCUUUAUUAAAAAAAAAAGUGAUACAGUAUCGGUGUGCAGGAGUUCCAUGCGUUGUGUCUCCAGCCUAGACAUGCCUGUGUGGGAUAUUAAAGGAGAGCACAGCUUGAUGAGCCUCUGAUUGCUUCCAUGCCAAUGACACUUGGCUCUGAUGCUUUUAAACGCUGUCUUGUCCCUCUCGACGAGACACUCCAGUUGCACAAAAUCACAACUGCCGCUGCAAUUCGAGCAAAUCCAACGGGCAGCUCAUUAUUUGCGGCGGCUGACUCGGCUGCAGAGCGUGCCGGGAAAGUUGUGCCUCGCGCUUUUGUACUUUUUGUCUUGGGUUUGUUUGGCCCUGCACUCCUUUGAAGCUGCAUAUAUGUGACUAAAGGGUUGUCAGCGACUGACACAAACACAUUCUAAUAACAUCAACGAAAACUAAAACGCCACGCAACAUUCAUUUUGUGAGCUCCCUGAUGUGUUCGUGUUAUCCCGCUCGUCCUGAAUUGGUGUUGUGCAAUCCAACUUUAGCCAUUUAUUGAUUUAUUUUUUACAGUAUUUGACCAAAGAUUAACAUGAAAGACGUUUUCAUCUCCUCCAACGUACAAAAUUAAAAAUGAAAGUUAAAACCUGAACUGUUAAGAUUCACUCGCAUCCAAUUAGUGAUGAAUCCUAUGAUCAUAUUAUAGCUGUAUAUGUUUAUGUAUGCUAUUGUUUUAUGUAUGUACUAUAAUAUGUAUGCAGUAAGUGCUAUGUGUAUACUGUAUAUACAUACAUACUGUAUAUGUUUAUUUAUGCUAUUGUUUUAUGUAUGUACUAUAAUACGUAUGCAGUAAGUGCUAUGUGUAUACUGUAUAUACAUACUGUAUAUGUUUAUUUAUGCUAUUGUUUUAUGUAUGUACUAUAAUAUGUAUGCAGAAAGUGCUAUGUGUAUACUGUAUAUACAUACAUACUGUAUAUGUUUAUUUAUGCUAUUGUUUUAUGUAUGUACUAUAAUAUGUAUGCAGUAAGUGCUAUGUGUAUACUGUAUAUACAUACUGUAUAUGUUUAUUUAUGCUAUUGUUUUAUGUAUGUACUAUAAUAUGUAUGCAGUAAGUGCUAUGUGUAUACUGUAUAUACAUACUGUAUAUGUUUAUUUAUGCUAUUGUUUUAUGUAUGUACUAUAAUAUGUAUGCAGUAAGUGCUAUGUGUAUACUGUAUAUAUAUACAUACUGUGUAUGUUGACAAAGUCUAUGUCAGGGGUGUCCAAACGUUUUCCAAGAAAAAAACUGCAUUUCUCCGUGUAAAAGAGGUGAAAUGCUGCUAAAAAUGACGUUUUUUUCCAUAAUAAUAAGAGUUUAUUCUUGUAAAAUUGCGACUUUUGUUCUUCAUUCGAUGACUUUUUUCUUUGACUUUAUUCCCGUAAAAUUUCACCUGUUUUUUUUUAAUCUUCCAACUAUUUCAUUUCAGCUUUCCUCUUGUCAAUUUUCUCCUCAUAAUUAUAACUCUGUAUCUUUUAAAACAAUAACAUAUUAUUUCUUUAUUUCAACAUUGUUAUCGAAAUGAUAUUUUUCCUCAUUUCACAGUUUAUUCUCAAAAAAUUUUCUGAUUCGAAAACUGUGUUUUUUGUCUUAAUAUUUUGACUUUACUCUGGUAAAAUUUUGUUUUUUGUUUUUUUGUAUAAUUUUCCAAAUAUUUCAACUUUCUUCUCCUAAUAUUUUGACUUUAUUCCCAUGUUAUAAAUUUCCCCCCCAACCUAAGUUUCAAAACUGACAACUUUAUUCAUUGUUUUUGACUUCAUAAAUCAACUCUUUUCUUAAUAUUUUGACUUUUAUUUGGUUUUCCCAUUUUUGCUGCUGUUUUUUUUUUUUUUUUAGUUUUUUUCUAGUUAAAUUACAGUUUUGGACUGUGCUGCAGGCCAAUAAAAUCACAGCCUUGGGCCGCAAAUGGCCCCCGGGCCGCACUUUGGACACCCCUGGUCUAAGUACUGUAUAAUGACGUAUUUCUAUACAUAUAGAAGUCUAUAUAGACGUUAUGCCACUCUAUACAUUGUGUCUAUAUCUUGCCUUAUAUGCCAUUGUUGCUGUAAAGCAGUGCUUCUCAAAUAGUGGGGCGGGGGCGGCGGGGGGUGAGAGGCAGUGAGGACUGCCAAGUGUAUGAAUUUGUCGUACUCGGCAUGCAAUUUGUGUCUUGGAUCCACACGCUUGUACGCUUCACUGCUCUCCAUUUUUGUUGCAUUUGGCCGGUUGGAGUUCCGUCUGUACGGUGCAGAUGAAUAAAUACAUAUUAUCAGUAUCAGUUUCCCAGUGGGGGGGGGGCAUGACAGAAGAUAAUUGAGAACCGCUGCCGUGAAGUGUCCACAAGUCACUUGAAAAGACUUGCAUGUGAAUAUACCGUAAACAGGUGGUCCUUGGCUACGUGCAAGUUCCGUUCCCAGACUGUGAUGUAAGCCUCCCGCACUCACAUGGCUAACACGGAACACACGAAGGACAUAUAAAACACAGUACGACCACUACGCUGCAGAGAAUGCGACUUGAGUCCUUCCUGUGGGUGCGGGAUGGGGACAGAUGAGUUUGCUGAUGUUGUUUUGGCCGAAAGUAGCCUGUUUUGUUGAUGGACCACCUCCCUGUCAACCUUCCUACGUCCGGGUAGAUGUUACUUAUCCUUAAUCAUGGCCGCCACAAUCAAGCGAUCGAAAGAAGUGCGGCCAAUAUUGAGGUGCAUUGGCUCUCCAGCGAGUUUACGGACCAACAUUACGCUUUGAAGUCAUGGGCGUGCGUAUGAAAGAACCUCGCAACGCUGUAAACAGAGGACCACCUGGGUAGUCCUGCACAUGCGUCAUGUAAAUGUCACGAUAUAUUAGAUCUUGAGCUCAUCUUCCCUUGUGUGUUCCUUCCUAUGGAGUGCAGGCGGCGCGCGUAGAGUCGGCCUUUUUGACUUUUCCCCGUCAACCUAAUUUCCCAACAGACUGUCGAAGCCCUUUCAUUGCGGUUGUGUGUUGUAAUUAGCUUGGCACAGGUUAUGUACAGACAGGAAUGGAAAUGAAAGGACAUCAAUAGUUGUGAUGAAGUCAUUCUGCUUCACCCAACAGCGUGUGACAUGUUUAGUGUUGGCUUCAACCUGACGCGCGCAUUUAAGUCUUUUUCUUCUUGAUCUCGUAGAAUAUUUGAGAGCGGUUGAGUCCUUCAUUAGCCCGAGUCAAGACUCCCCAAGUCAAGUUUCAGCAACGCGCUGGUGCAUUUUCACAGGAACCCAAAGCCGAGUUUCAGGUUCUGAAGACCCGUGGAGACGCUAAGUUUGGACGGGCGCUCUGUGAGGAGCCACGGACUUCCUCCGCUGCACAGACGAGGCGACGGCCUCCGUGGCGGCAUGAUAGCUGUCCAUCUCCUGCGAGUCCUCGCUAUUCUGCGACUUGGUGCUGUCCUGCGAGUCGGGCUUCUGCCUCAGGGCUCGGUUCUGCUCCUCCUUCAGCUCCACGUAGGAGCGUGAGAAGGUGUGAAAGAUGGACGUGACAGGGAAGGCCAUGAGGAGGAUGCCACUCAAGAUGCUGCUGAGCGCCACCACCUGGCCGGGGAUGCUCCGGGGCACCAUGUCGCCGUAGCCCACCGUUGUCAUGGAGAUGACGGCCCACCAGUAGCUCCCGGGGAUGCUGGUGAACUCCUGCUUGGCGCCGAACUCGCUUUCGGCAAGGAACACCAGCGGCGAGAAGAGCGCCAUGGCCACGCACAGGAAGAGCAGCAGCAGGCCAAGCUCCCGCGUGCACCGCCUCACCGUCAGUCCGAGCGUCUGCAGGCCCAGGGAGUGGCGAGCGAGCCUCAUCACGUAGAAGAUCCUCAGGGCCCGCAGGACGCGGAGGACCAGCCCCACCUUCUCGAGGUAGUUGUUGCCCGAGCCCGCCGGUUUGCCGCCCACUGACAGCGAAUCCACGAUGAGGGUGAUGUAGUACGGCAGGAUAGCUACCACGUCGAUGACGUUGAGAGGCGUUCGCAGGAACGUGCACUUGCUCUGAGUCUGGAUGAAGCGCAGCAUGAACUCCAAGGAGAACCACGCCACACACACCGUCUCCAACACGAAGAUAUUGUAGCACCGCUGGGAGCACUCCCCCUGCAGGCACACACCACAGGUAACUACACAACACAACAUACGUAAGUAGCGCCAGGAGCCAUAUUUGGUCACUUGUAAAUAACAGAAUGGUAACAAUCAAAUCACAGUUUGUAUGGCAUUUUUUAUACACAAUUGUAUAUGUUAGGUAGAUGCUUUCACUAUUUCAAGAAUAAAUACAGAAUAAUACAAAUAAAUAUCUUUAUUCAGUAGAAAUCUGUCCUGCUUAACUUAAAAGAGAAUAAAGAGUGUCCAGGUUGCACGGGUGUCCAACUUUCAUGACAAUUAGAGCUGUCAACUAUUUGAAAAACACGGAGUGAAGUCUGAACUCAACAGUCACGACUAAGAGUUGAAGCAAAUAUUCUUUGACGCUUUGUGAGCUACUCAAUCGCCUGGCAAGCUAGGAGAGCCUUGUGGUAGUAUCCCCAUCAUAAGGCUUUAUGUUCAUUAAACGACCACACACAAAUAGUGUUUGGAAGGGAAGACAUAAUUAGUGUAAUGACAAAGAGAGCAACAUUGUUCAGUGUACCCCAUGAACGUGAUAUCCGCUUCCCCGUGGGACAAAAACGAGCUCCGAACUAACCGCAUUGCUUGCUUGUUUUAAAAACACUGCGGUCACUGUGGUUAAAAAGUCACAUUUGGAGUUGGAAGACGGGAAGCUAGGCGGAUAAAUGCUUCCGCCACCGACAGCAAGUCAAACAGCAAUAGGGAGUGAUCAAACACGCUGGCAUGGAUCGACGUCGCCUGUGUCAAGCUGCCGAACUAAAACCACUGAGGUUUAACAGACGAGUGUUGACUAGUCCCCUGCCGGCUCGAUACGAGUGUUGGCAACACCACGUGACAGCGCACACGUGUAGGCUUUGCUGCCGCACGCCGAUCGGUUUUUGUGAAUGGCUUCGAAAGGCAUUCAUCUGCAUAUGCCGAUCACAUGUUUUUUGACUUAAAUGGGCUGAUGCUCGUCGGUGGCCGAUCAAUCGCAACAUCCCUAAUUGGCAUAAUGGUUUUGGCCAAGUGUUGUAAUAUGCUUAUUGCUUUUCAGCUGAUUGCCUGGGGUCUUCCUUGCCUCUUAAAAAAGAAAUAUUAAGCAGCAUAUGCAAUCCUACAGGUCUUUUUGUCCGUUUAAAAAAAUAAAAAAGGCAGCGAUCACCUGAGAAAAUGAAUGCAUGUACUGGCGCUCCUUGCUGAAAUAUUCUGCUUAGUAAUCAACCUUUUCCUUUUUUUCCUACCAAGGCCUCUGUAUUUAUGAACAGUGUUCAUAAAUAUUUGAGGAUAUAAUUACCGGAUUGUUUGGUUAUUAAGUCCAAGUCGGCCCUGAAGCAGAGUGAAAAGAAGUAGCAUGCUUUUGAUCUUCCUACAUCUCCACCUCCUGUAGCUCUUAUUAAAUGCUGCAUUAAAAGUCUUGUUAGGAGACUGCAGAGAAAACAUGGCCGCUUCUGUAUUGAAGACUACAGUGUGCAUCCCAUAGAACACGUGAAGGCAAAAAGCAUCAACGUUUGCUGUGUCAACAGUGUUGCGUUUGCUUUUGCUGGUGUGUUUUUUUACCAUCCGUUCUUUAGGGAGAACAUUACAGCCAAUACUUCCUGUUUACUCCAACAACAAAACAAAAAAAAAACAAAAAUUGAAUCCUUUUCAACCUGCUGCCUGUAAACUGUUAACAGCUUGCAUAGCACACACAAUUCCCAGUGCAGGUUUGCACACCUUGUUGUAUGCACGGCCCCUACAAGCCUGUGUAGCUUUUAUGUAUUGUUGCGCCUUACAUCAUGUCCACACUGGCUGCUUUGCUUUGGCCAAUGUGUUUAUGAGCCAUGUUCGCUUGUUUUAUUGUCUCUUUUCGCCAUCACAGCCAUGACAAAAUCCCACAAUAGUCCGUGGACCUUUUGUGCUGAUGGAAAUAAAUGUUUUUUUUAUUUUGGCUGUAGCAGUGAAGAGUGGACAAGAAGCGCAAACGAUCCCCCGCCGUGAUGGAUGACACUUCUUCCUUAAGAGUGAACGGCCGUCUAACUCUCAGUCAGUGGAAAUGAAGGAUGCGCGGCGUUUUCUGCACAGAUGACAAAAUCCUGACAUUCCGCGGCCUAGUGAUGAUAUAUGGUUCUGGUUUUGGGGUGGGGAUUUACCCUCCAACAGAGGUUUGGAAGAAGAUGAAUGUAGCAGAGCUUCUAAUGAUGCGCUUGUGAACAUUCUAGUGAAAUAAAACAACCCGUUUAAUCCUCUGUUCAUCCACAGAGAGUGGCUGUCAAAUGUACACAAUGUGUGCAAAUGCUACAAAUGGAACGGCCAUUAGAUGAGAGAGAUGGGCUAAGUGCUCGUCAUUGGCCUUGGCUCCACUGUCACCAUGUUGGGUCAUGUGACCAGCGCAUGAUCAAAACACUCAGUAGGACGCUGGGACCUCCCCCAAAGGCUCAACAAUCUGAACCUUGCGUACAGAUAUACUGUAUGCAGAUGUAUGGAUUUUGUCAUCAGGCAGUCUUUGAAAUAGUUGGAAGUUCUACAUUUUAUGCUUAGACAAUUAAAGAAAGGGGAAAAAAUACUGUAAAAAAAAAAAAAAAAGUUGUGUAAGAAUGUUUCCAAAAACUUUUACUGUAUGACAAUGAAGUUUUCUUUUGUAUGGAUGAUUUCACUGGGUGGGAGGAGUUAUGACGGCGCCGUACUGGAUAAAGAAAAAAAAUAGCAAGAAUGGAAUUUUAGGAGGAAACCGAAGUCAUUAUUUCAGAAGAAAAAAAAACAUAAUUUUGUGAGGAGUUUUUUCAAUAUUAUGUGUGUAGUUGUAACACUUAUGUAAGUACCGUUGGGGCUAUUGUCAAGUUAAACUUGGACUUUUUCUAAAAAAAAAAAUACAAAAUGUUAUCGUAAUCUUACGACUUAAAAAAAAGAGAAGCAAUUUUUCCUGUAAAUCCCUUUUUUAUUUCUUACUUUUGAAAAAUGUGAUUACAUUUGAAUAGGGGGGGUUCAAGCUGGGUUUCUUUUUACAUGACAAAUGUUGGUAAUAUUAACUUUAAUUUAAUGGUGUAUAAUUAAAACAUUACACUUUAUUGUGAAUUGUUUUAUUUUUGUUUUUUCAAUAUUCAGAUGACUGGUUACCUGGGGUGUUCCUUGCCACAUACACAGCAAAUAGUUUCUCUGAAAUUAAGGACAUUUGUAUUAAAAACAAUGCCAACAUAACACCUAAAGCACUAAAUAUGUGUUCAGUGAUACCGAACAUCUGCACACUGUAUGUCAGUAUCAUGUCAUUGAGGCCUAUGCAGUGUUCCUUGAAGGAAAACCUCUAAAAAUGAGUGAAUGGGGGAAAAAACUCCACAGGAAAGUCAGUCAGUCAAGUAGUUGGAGCUUAACCUGGCCAGGAAACAAACCAAGUGAGAUGAAAAUAGAGGAGGUGAUAUGUUUAAGUGGUGUCGCUAUAACAGCUUGUUACACGACACUACUUUACAUAUAUUAUCAUAUUUCACGCACUUGACGACAACAACAACAACACAGGAGCCACAAGGUCGCACAAGGCAACACAAACACACUCGGCGUUGUGCCAUCUGCAAGUGAGGAAGUCAUGGUUUCAUUAGCGCAGGGAGGAUCUGCACUAAUGUAAAACCCAGCCUGCCUAUCAAGCCUAAUGGGUGCUCUGUAAUGGCGCUGGGGUGGAGAGGGUGGGCCCUGGGUGGAAGGAAACUCUGUCAUGAACACAAACCACGUUGAGUCCAACUGCAUGAAAACUUGGCUGUGGCGAGGACGCAAUUGUCUCCUAACAUGGUGACAAAGUCCCUGUUGUCUGGCAACACACACUGUUUGUGGGAACCGAACAAUACCGCCUCCUUCGAGAGAAAGUUUACUUUAGCUUGAUUCAUCGGCGUAAACGGGGCUUAAACAACUGGAGUGACAAUGGCCGUAAACUACAAGGAACACGCACUUGCACAACUUAAAGGGCCGGCGUCACCACUUAAACGCCACAGCAUCUGCUUAACUGGGAACAAUUGUCAUGAUACAAGACUAUUUUAUAUUAUUUUAACACCCUUACUGGUUAUAAACAUUAUUCAAGGCAAUAUCACUGAAGUAUCUGGGGUCAAAGUUAAAAAAAAAGAAGUUUUUAGGCUCUAAUUUCCAACAAGAACAUGAAUAACAAUUAUGUUAUUAUUUACUGUAAUUAUACAGCAGUCUUCCAGAAGAUGUGUGACAAUCCUCAACUUCAUCCAAUCCAGUCUACAGGAUCGGGAUCUGCUGCCGAUCCGGAUAAUGUCAGCUUCCACCGCGAGAUCGGGCCAAUCCGGUUACCGUAUAACGUUUGUAACUCUGGGCCACACUCCAGAAUGUUAGGCGGUGUAAUGCGCCUCAGAGCUGGUUGCCACGUGACUCCCGCCACCCGCAGGAAGAAGAAAACGCAACACCACCAUGCAGACAUGUCCGCAGUGUACCGUGGCGAAGUUCGUUUCACGUUGGACGUUGGUUAUUCGGUAGUUCCCCCUCACUGUGCCCGGACCGCUGUGUAUUGGUGCGGGGGGCUCGCACGGGAAGUGCCGCUGUAACUACUGGUUGUUUAUACUCGGGACCAUCAAUAAAUUACUAUUGCGUUUGAGAGAGUUUGUAAAAAAAAAAAAAAAGUCAUAUAUUCUAAAUCACACCACAAAUUGAUCCAUAACCAUGGCAAAUGAUUAGUCCUACCCGAAAAGUAUUUUGCACGCCCAUUUUUUCCAAUUUAAUCUUUUAUUGGAUUAGGGACCUGACUCACAGAAGAUUGUUUCAAAAACCAAACAAUAUUGUUGGUCAUGCUGUGUCAUAAAAAUGUAUUGCAUUAUUUUUAAAGCGUUGAAAAGCUAUUUUGAUGACCAUUAAUAAACAGAAGUUGCGCCACUGUUAUGCUGCAGGGACUUGAGGCGGCCGCUAGCUAGCAAACAAGUGAGCUAGCAAGCUAACCAGUUACCCUCGAAUUUAUUUCUUCUAAAUGGAAGAAGCCAAAAACUUACCACUCCCACAUGGAAUGGAAGGAGAGUUUUUUUCGCUUUGUUUAUUCAUGAAUUAAUUUCUGAAAAACCAUGGCGUGGAGAGGGAGUGAUAAUCGAAGCGCGAUAUUGCGAGGGACGACAGUAUAGCGAUAUUAAAGGUCAGUCGUUAAAUAUCCAUAAACCCUUGCACUUAAGGUGUCUGCAUUGGUUGCCACCAAUCAUCCACGAGCCGUACAGCCUCCAUUAAAGAUGACACAAGACAUAUCAUUAAUUUUAAGCCAAGAUAAGAAAUGAACUUCAGCUAAUCCUCGCUCCGCUUUGAUUCCUCGUCCUUUUCAUGACAAAAACCACUUCAUGCCAGAGGGGUGAUGCCUCGGCUUGUUUCCUUUAAUCUGCUUAUUCAACGAAUUGGUUCGCUACGGGGAAUUAGCGUGAUAAAGGUGAGCCUCAAGAGGGACAGCAUGCUUGUUUGGGUCACCAACUGCGACAGCACCGAGACAAAACAUGAGUGGAACAGACUUUCAGGUCUAAUUAUAAACAAGGAGCAUCCUCAUUCUGUUAGGGGGUCAUUAUUUGCAGUGUUAAGUAGAAACACAAUCGGAAUUAUGUUCAUGCUUCCCAGGAAAUGGGCCACAUUUAAAGCUAAAGUCGUCCCGUACAAUAUCGCGUUUCGAUUAUCGCUUUUUCUCUGAAAUUAAUUAAUUAAAUGAUUGCUGUUUUGUGGUAGACAAUGGUCUAUUAUGAGUCACAAAAGUGAUAUGUAGUGUUCUGGUCACUAGGGGGCAGUAAUGACAAAACUCUGAGGCUCAGACUGCAAUCUGCUGUAGUUGAGACUCGGCAGCGCCUCCACUGCUUGCAGACCCGUUUAAUCAACAUCAUUUCCACACAAUGCAUGGAAUUCUUAGCAAUCCAUGAUUUUUAUCACCUGCAAUGUUUGGGUUAAUGAGAUUUAAAUGUAUGGAUUAGCACUUCGUUUAUAUAACCAUCAUGUUAUAUAAGAACAUGUCUUUUUUGUUUUUUUUAAGAGAAGCAAAGGCACGGAAAUCCCAAAAUCGAGAAACCACAAUCUAUUUUCCCCUAGUGUGACCGCGUGGUUGUUUACCCGUCUUUGUGUUGCAUCUAUGGAGUGCAUUUGCAGGGGGGCUCUCGACGUGGCAGCGACGGCACAAUAACGCUGUUCACAAGAAGCCCCCGUGUCCCUGCGCCUGUGUCUCUUGUCAAGAUGAUUUACACUGAAGCGCGGGAGCGCUCGCUGCUACUGUACGUGGGCUGCAGCAUCAACAUAAUCAUAAUGCUACUGUAGCAGCACGCAUCCCGAAGGCUGGCCUGCUAAAGGAGGGAACCCGCUUAGGACUCACUGUUUGUUUUUGCAGAUGAUUAAGUAGAUGGUAGGUGCUUUCUUCCCUCACUGGGGGCUCCAGGUAUCACCGAUAUGCCAACAAUUAGGGACAGAAGCGAAGGAACUCUACUUUUUUCUACAACUUUGUACACCAGGGAGCUUCUUUCAAUGCAGUAUAAACCACGCUUCCACCAUGUUAAUGCAUCCAUUCAUCGUUUUGUUGAGGUCACUCUCAAAGAGGUUAAAUUGUGGUUCAAAACAACAAAAAGUAUUGGAACGGGGCGGCCCUGGGGCCAUUUGGACAGUUUAAAAAUAAAGUUAAGCAAGAAAGCUCAUAAAAACAACAGGAAAAAAAUUGAAUAAUGUGGUAAUAUUGAAAUAAAAAAUUGUAACAUUACAACAAAAAUUGUUGGAGCAUAACAUCGUAAUACUGUGAGGGGAAAAAAUACAUUUUCAUCAUCUUCUUUCUUCUUCCAUUUUCUGCGAUAAUUCACAAUAAAACAAAUAAAGUUGACAAAGUUUGACAAUUAGGUUUAGAAAAAGUUGUGACAUUUCAAGAAUAAAGUCAAAAUAUUAUGGGAAUAAAGUGACAGCGUUAGGUAUAAAAAAUGACAAGGUGACAGUUGAAAUAUUUUCAAAAUUGAAAAAAUAUAUAUAUAAAUAUAAAAAUAUAAAAUAUAAAUAGCAUAGAAUGUCUACUCUCAAUUUCCUAUUGGGUAGGAUGUGUUUUGCCUGUGUAGACUGCAUUUAGAGGUGAAAACAAUAUGAAAACCAGAGAGCUGUCUCUGGGUGCAAAACAAGCAAAUGUGACACUGAGAGAAGAUGAAAAACCAACAUUGGUCAUAGCCAGUACAGCCAUUUGGAAUGAAGAAAGGAACCACCGUGUACUAAGUGACAGACGUGGAACAUUUAGAAGGAGAACAUCAGCGGGUGAUGAGAGGAUCAUUGUGGGGGCUGUAAGGAAAGACCCUGAAACAACUGUUGCUGACGUCAGCAACAACCUGCAGAGGGCAGGAGUGAAGGUACCACCAUCUACUCUGAGAAGACUUCAUGAGCAAAAGUACAAUGCCAAGACCAGAAGAUGCAAACCACUCAUUAGCAAGGAGGUGGAUCGGCCCAUGAAACCUUUGUCUCUGAAUUUUUUAAAGCAAAUUUUGGCAAAUUGUGUUCUAGACGGGAAGCCUCAGAAAUCAAAAUAGGAAGUACAUGGUUGGAAGUGGAUUUCACUCUUUGGAAACGACCAACGACAAUAGGGCCCAACUAUUUUGCUGUCUAGACGGGCUGUGAUAGAAGUCCAAAUGGGAAGUAGACCGAUGAAACAAGUGGCAACCUUACUGAAGGCAAUAUUGACUCACGGCACAACUGUUUUGCCGCAUACACGGGCUGCCAUGGCGGUCAAAACAGGAAGUAAGCAGUGAGAGCAGAGCACUCCAUGUUGUUGUCAUAAUGCUAAAAUACUGUACAUACCGAGAACUCGGAUAGUUCUCAGUAGGUCAGCUUUCACAAAAUUCCGCAGGCUGGACUUCUGAGGAAGUCAAUCGGAGCCUCAGGUACCGCUGGCGAGAGAUUUCAUUGGCUUGAACUCACCCUCUCUUCCUCCUCUCGGAGGUCGGGCAUGGUGCUCACACACAGCGUCACAGCGGUGAUGGCCACAAACAACACCGACAGACAGGCGAAGAUCUUCCCAGGGAUCCCAGAGUGAGGGUUCUCCACCAUGUCUCUCAGUCUUCGCAUGCACCCCCCCGUGGGGUUCUCCUCGACGAUGCUCCCCAGCUGCUGGCUCUCCUCGCAGGACUGCGGCGAGGCGAGCUCGGCCUCCUCCUCCUCCAGCCUCUGCAGCUCCUUGUACUCUUCCUGGCGGAGGCGCAGCUUCCUCAGGCAGCACCAGUCCAAGUUGUUCUCCUCCACGCCCCAGUAGAGCAGCUCCUCCUGGAAGGACAGGGCGCACAUCUCCCUGAGGAGCCGCAGCUUGCCCGCCGCCAGGAAGGUCACGAUGAUGCGGAAAGCUGAGGGACUACGGUCGAAGAAGAACUCGUUGCGGCUGCCGUCGUAGUCGUCGCACACGUCCAUGAUCUCGGCCUCGUUACUGCAGCUGUGCAACUUCCCCAGCCUGGUCAUGGGGAACUCUUGCAGCGUGGACCAGGGGACGCGGUACUUGAUGCCACCCACGUUGAUGAUGGCCGCCCCGUCGUCGCCGCCACCCCCGCCGUCUUGUUGGCAAGCCUGAGGCUUGAGGAGGAGCUGGGCCCGCUUGUAGAAGACACCCUUCUUGGAGGAGACCUCCUGGGGGUUCUCCACACGCUUGAAGUGGAAGGUGGUGAACUGGUGGUCAGUGCUGCCCGCCAGGAAGGCUACCUCCUGGUACAUGGCGGCCACUUUGCUUCACAAGGGAGACGAGGAGGGCAGCGGCUUGGCAGCCAUUCAGCGACACGUCAGCACGUUUCUGUCACACAAGGAGAAAGACAGCAUUUAAGUUCAAGAAAG